AUGGGGCAACGGGACGAGAAGGAGGCCCACGGGAAGCCAGUUAAAUAUGACCCCUCCUUCCGAGGCCCCAUCAAGGACAGGGGCUGCACAGAUGUCAUCUGCUGUGUCCUCUUCCUGGUCUUCAUUUUGGGUUACAUCGUAGUGGGGCUCGUGGCCUGGUUGUAUGGAGACCCCCGGCAAGUCCUCUACCCCAGGAACUCUACCGGCGCCUACUGUGGGAUGGGGGAAAACAAAGACAAACCCUAUCUACUGUACUUCAACAUCUUCAGCUGCAUCCUGACUACCAAUGUCAUCUCAGCUGCCACAAAUGGCCUGAAAUGUCCCACUCCCCAGACAUGUGUGUCCUCCUGCCCAGAGACCUCAUGGACCUUGGGUGUGAAGGAGCUCUCCCAGACAGUUGGAGAGGUCUUCUAUGCUGCAAAUAGGAACUUUUGUCUACCAGGAGUGCCCUGGGAUAUGAAAGUGCUUCAAAGCGUGCAGCAAGAGCUCUGCCCCAGUUUCCUCCUCCCCUCCAGUCCAGCUUUGGGGCGCUGUUUUCCAUGGUCCAACAGUACUCCGCCUGAACUCCCAGGGAUCACCGGCAACAUCUCCCAGGGGAUCAGUGGUCUUCUUGACAGCCUCAAUGCCCGUGACAUCAGCGUUAAGAUCUUUGAAGAUCUUGCCCAAUCCUGGUAUUGGAUUCUUAUUGCCCUCUGCAUAGCUCUGGUCUUAAGCAUGGUGUUUAUCCUGCUCCUGCGCUUGGUGGCCGGGCCUUUGGUGCUAGUGCUGAUCCUGGGGGUGCUGGCCGUGCUGGCAUAUGGCAUCUACCACUGCUGGGAGGAAUACCGGCUGCUGCGGGACAAGGGCGCCACCAUCUCCCAAUUGGGCUUCACCACCGACCUCAGCGCCUACCGUGGUGUACAGGAGACCUGGCUAGUUGCCCUGAUCGUGCUAGCAGUGCUUGAAGGCAUCCUGCUACUGAUGCUCAUCUUUCUGCGGCAGAGGAUUCGCAUCGCCAUCGCUCUCCUGAAGGAAGCCAGCAGGGCUGUGGGAUACAUGAUGUCCACCAUGUUCUACCCAUUGGUUACCUUCAUCUUCCUGCUCAUUUGCAUUGCCUACUGGGCCAUGACUGCCCUGUACCUGGCCACAUCAGGGCAACCCCAGUACGUCUUAUGGGCACCCAAUGCAAGCUUGCCCGGCUGUGAGAACGUGAUGAUGAAUGAGUCAUGUAACCCCAUGGAUCAGCAGGUGAAGUCAUGUCCAGGGCUGAUGUGCGUCUUCCAGGACUACACAUCCACAGGCCUGGUACAGCGUUCUCUCUUCAACCUGCAAAUCUAUGGAGUCCUGGGGCUCUUCUGGACUCUCAACUGGGUACUGGCCCUGGGCCAGUGUGUACUAGCUGGAGCCUUUGCCUCAUUCUACUGGGCUUUCCACAAGCCCCGGGACAUCCCCACCUUCCCCUUGAGUGCUGCCUUUAUCCGCACACUCCGUUACCACACUGGGUCGCUGGCCUUUGGAGCCCUCAUCUUGACCCUUGUGCAGAUGGCCCGGGUCAUUCUGGAAUACAUUGACCACAAGCUGAGAGGAGCCCAAAACCCUUUGGCACGCUGCAUCAUGUGUUGCUUUAAGUGCUGCCUUUGGUGUCUGGAGAAGUUUAUCAAGUUCCUGAACCGCAAUGCAUACAUCAUGAUCGCCAUCUAUGGGAAGAAUUUCUGUGUCUCAGCCAAAAACGCCUUCAUGCUGCUCAUGCGGAACAUCGUCAGGGUAGUCGUCCUGGAUAAAGUCACAGACCUGUUGCUGUUCUUUGGGAAGCUCCUGGUGGUUGGAGGCAUUGGGGUCCUGUCCUUCUUCUUCUUCUCUGGCCGCAUCCAGGGGCUGGGUAAGGACUUCGAGAAUCCCCAACUCAACUAUUACUGGCUGCCCAUCAUGAUCUCCAUCCUGGGGGCCUACGUCAUCACCACUGGCUUCUUCAGUGUUUUUGGCAUGUGUGUGGACACACUCUUCCUCUGUUUCUUGGAAGACCUGGAGCGGAACGACGGUUCUCUGGACCGACCUUACUACAUGUCCAAGGCUCUUCUUCAAAUUCUGGGCAAGAAAAAUGAGGCGCCCCCGGGAGACAAGAAGAAGAAGAAAAAGAAGUGA